CCGAAUUCAACCGUUCGAGAAAGUGCAAUCUGUUUACCAGUAAACUCUUGUCGCAUGGUACUGUUCUGUCGAUGUAAACAACGGUAAUUACUGAAUGUAUUUUUCGUUAUUUAGUAACAACAAAUAUUUAAACUCUUGCGCGAGUGAUUGUAAAAGAAAUCGGAACCCAUUCGGAAGGUUGAAAUAAUCGGACGUUGUUGUCUGUCCCGCCAAAUAUGGUCGACUCGUAAAUCAUGAAACGCAAGCAAAAUAUACCCAGGCGAAUACGACCAGCGGAGGAGGCAGCAACAGCAUUCCCUGACGCCAGCGACGAACCUCCAGCAAAACGCAAUAAAUCAGAUCCCGAGAAAGAACCAAGCUGCGGUGAUGCAAGUGAUGUCUCUGAAUGGAAAUGGAAUAUCGCUGAUUUUCGUAAAGAACAUUCUGAAAAUUUAAAAGAAGAAGUAAGUGUUAAGAAAGAACAAAUAAGCGACUCUAAAGAACCUUCGAAUCAAUUAGAACAACCUUCGAUUCAUUCUAAAAAUGGGUCAUCGAACAGUUCAAGAGAAGAAUAUGAUGAAAAUUUAGGGAGUUCAAACGAGCGCAUGAAUGGUAGUAAAAUAUCCGUGACCUCAACUGAAGAAACCAAAAAUGUUCCUGCAAAAGAUGGAGAAUAUUUGAAGGAACCUCUGUUGAGGAACCCACCUCAUAUUUCAAGGAAUCAAAAUGAAGUGCCUGUUGAAAGCCUAAAAGAACCGUCAAGUUGUGUAAAGCUUCAGUCACCUGCCUUGGAAAUGUCCUUGAACACUAAUUUACGAGAAAGAAACGUUUCUAAAUUCGGAAAUGAAGUUCAAAAUGAUAACAUGCCUGUGAUUCUUAAUGUAUUCUCGUUAUCAAAGAAUCCUACUCAACAGUUUAUUGCAAACACAAAACAAAUAAACAGCGUUCUCUGUACACCGCCGUGUUCCCCACCCUUGGCCCAACUUGAAGCAUUCAAUGCUCGUUCAGUUCCAAGUCAGAAUCCUCGGUUUCGUAAUGAUUUUCUCAAUCAAGCUGCUUUUCAACAGCCAUGGCGAGAUAACCGUUAUAAACAAGUACAACACAACUUUCAAAAUUUCCAAGGACAGUCAAAUAAACCAGUACAACAAGUUUAUUAUAAUUACCAGGAGAACUUUUCUAAACCAGUUCAACAAGUUUCCUCACAGGAAUUCUUUGAUAAACCUGUAAAACAGGUUUAUUAUACUUCACAAGAAUACCAUCAGUCAAAACCAGUCCAACAAGGUUAUUCAUCACCAGUUCAUAUUCAGCAGGUUUACAAAACAGUACCAAAAACAGUACAGUCGGUCAACUCCCAAGUGUACAUGAAUAAUCCAGUGCAACAGGUUUAUACUCCUCAAGAGUAUUUCCCUAAACAAGUUCAACCGGUUAAUUUACAAGGAUAUUCUAAUUAUUACGCUCAACAAGGUAAUCCUCCUUACGAAUACUGGUCAAAUCCAGUCUCAAAUGUUAAUCGGCAAAAUUACGUCUAUAAUCAUGUCCCGCAUAAUUCGACACAGAUUGCUAAUGGAGUUUUGCCGCUAGAAAAACAAACAUCAAAUCAAAGCCUUUAUGACGUACAAGCUCCAACAAACACUCAAUUUCCAAAUCAAAGAUAUCAAAAUUAUGUAAACAAUAGCGAACCAGCGCCACAACUGAACGAGACUUACUCGGUUGGCAAAGGAAACACUGUGUCGGAGAGUAAUGGAAUUUACACACGAUUUAAACUGAAGCCGCUGACUGCUGAGGGCAACAAAGCGUCUUAUCACGCUAAUAAUGUUUCGCCAUUGAUCUUAGAAACACCAAUCAUCCCAGACAAAAUGCAAGAAACAACUCAAAACCAAACGACCGGAACGGCAGGCGUGCAUUUUGAUACAACAUCCACCGUUUACAUUCAGAAUAGAUUGAAAUCAUUUUCAAACAAUAAUGAUUGUACUUCUGGUAAGAAAUACAGAACAGAGACGGGUUGUUCUGCCAUUUUAGACGGAUUUGGAAGAAACAGAAUUCUGCAAGAUGUUCCUGCAACCAAUACGAAAAUGUAUGAUCUAAAUGUUUCUGGGAAUUUUCUGGCGAAUUCCACAACAAAAUCUGAGAAUCAAACUAUAUAUUCUAAUGAUUCUCGUGGUAGUACAACGAUCUAUAUCCCAGUUUCUAGUAAUGUGUCUGGUGAAACUGGUAAAGGCGAGUAUUUAACAGCACGUGACGCAAAGGUUAUACAGUUAAAACAACGUUUAGAAGAACAGGAAGCUAUGCUAAAGAAACUACGAGAGAAUCAUUAAAACCUUUUCAUCGUUUCUCGAAGGAUGUUGUGUGUGGAGAUUUCUUCUCUCGUUAACUUCUCCACCAUCGCGUUUUUCUUAUCUUUUUGUACUUCUAUGAUAUUUUGCACGAUACUGCAAAUCCAGCAGAUCAGAUGUUGUGAACAGGUCAUUUCAUUGGUAAUUGUCCAUCAUUUCAAGUGAAAUGAUAUUGUUGUUAACAUUUCCUUGUUGAUCACCUUGUUUCGAAUGAGGUAAAAGUUUCAAAGAUUUAGUCAUUUGUCAUCGUAUCUUUAUAAUUUAGAUAUAGAGUAUCUAUUACAAAUACAUAGUUAUAUUCAUUAUA